AUGGCUUCGCGUGUCACCGUAUUUGGCUCCGCCUCUGCCUCCUCCCCCCACUGGCGCGACAUCGCGCACCGCCACCCAGCCUUGCUCCGUACCCCGUACGGUAUCCCUCCACGCCAUCCCCGGGCUUUCUGCUCGAAAUCCGAAACCGGCCUCUUCCUAUCAGGUACGAGACCCUUUGCCGCCCACCUCCCUCUCCACUCUCGCUCCACAUUCUCGAGCACCGUCGUAGCUGCUCCGCAUCCCAACUCGGAUCUCGCGUGGGGCACAUGUCCGCAAUGCCACCGGAGGCUUUCUGCCGUCCUUGAAGCUGUUGCUGCUGGUCCUGGCACAGGCCAAGGCAUCGACUCGUACUAG